GGUCCCUUCACUCUGGCGUCACUUCCGGUGCGCCGGGAGCGGACAGGUCACAUGAUCUCCUGUCACAAAGUGUGCCCGAGAGUUGCGCUGUUACCGAAUGGAUGCCUAGCGGCUUGUACGUGUGACUGGGGCAAGAGGGUAUAGAUGUCUGUCCCACCAUGGAAGAUCCAAUGGGCGCUCAAUCCCUCACAUCCGAAGAGAAAGAGAAGAUAAAAGAAAGGCUUUGCCUAUUAAAAAAGGAAUACAAGAGAACGUUUAACCGUUUACGGCGAUCCCAGAGAAGCGAGCGAGUGAAAAAACACGUCCAAAAGACUAUUGCAGAGCAGAACCGUUUGCUUAACCAAGAAGGAGCCGAACCCUGUAACAGAGGAUCUCUAAGCAACAUCACUGACUCUCCUGGCAAUGAUGCAGAUUCAAAAAGUAAAUCUCCCAGACCAGACAAAGAGAGGAAACCAUGUGUUACAUUUAACCUUCAGCCAGAAAUCCUUUGUGCUGAGGGCAGCUCCACAUAUUGUGCUGGGAGUAGAAGUAGCAGUCAGGAGCUUGAUGCCACAGAAGAAGCUCAGGGUAUGGGGCAGGCUCCUAAUACCAUGAUUCAGAGAAGCAGACUGAAGUUAAGAAGAUCAGUAAAGAGGCGUUUUGUAGAUCAGUCAUUCUCUGAGAGCUCCUUGCUCAGUGAUCCAAUGAAAGAAAUUGAUGGAUUACAGGGUAAAGUGAUGGAUGUGACUGAUUGUGGGUCGCCAGCAUUCAAGAAAAAUGGAAAACAUCCCACAGAGCAAAAUCAUAUAAAUCUGCAUGGUAACUUUGCAGGUCCUGAUUUUGGUGCAGAGAAAUUAAACACUGAAACACUGGACACUGAGAAUAUUACAGAGCUAUUUCUGGGGUGUGGAGGCACUUCUCCAGUCAUCAGAAAACGAUGCAAUGACAGCUUCACUGAAGUCAGCCAUUCCUCAACCAAUAAAACUCUUCCAGAUGACAUUGUAACAGAACAAAGGAGACAAUUAUUUAACUGCAUGGACAAUAAAAGGGAACUAUCAGUGUCUCCUAGUGUAGGCAAAACACCACCCUUGUCUCCUGGUUUAGACAAAAUAAAGAAACCCUCAUUGUCUCCUUAUAUGGACAAAACAAUUAUACCCCCCUUAUCUCCUAAUACAGAAAAACCAGGGACAUCUCCACUUUCUCCAAGGACAGACAAACUUACAAAACUAUCCUUGUCUUUUAACACCAAGAGAACCCAGGAGUCCUCAUUAUCUCCCAUGAUGGUCAAAGCAAACAGACCAUCGCUGUCUCCUUGGAAAGACAAAACAAGGGAAUCCUCAUUUUCUGCAGGCACAGACAAAUCAAGGGAACUGCCGCUGUCUUUUAACAUGGAUCAAAACAAUCUGUUGGCUCAGAAUGACCAGACAAGUUGCGAUCCUGUGCUUACAUUGCAACAGGUGCGCACAAAUCCUACUCCAUACGUAUCUACUCCUUUGUGUUCAGAUGAAAAGAAUCUUCUAAACCAAAUAAACAACAUUCAGGAUGCAGCCACUAACACUGAGAAGGAUACCAACCCACUGAACUCAUGCACUCUUGUGGAGGGACUACUAUUCCCUGUUGAAUACUAUGUGAGGACAACACGUCGCAUGUCCAGCUGCCAAAGGAAAGUGGACCUAGAUGCCGUUAUUCACAGCCAGAUUGGAACCAGUAGAAGAGGUUCAAGAGGAAAAAAAAGGUCAAGGAGAGUGAGUGGAGAAGAGGGCAGCAUUCACAUGUCUCCAUCACCAAGGGCUUGCUUUGCAUCAGAAUUUGUAUCUAAUGCUUUGUGUUUAACACCACUCAGCCACCAGACUCCUAACGGCAAUAAACGUGGAGCAAAUCGGGGCCGAAGGGGAAAUUACUCCACUCCAAAGCUUGACAUGCCUCAUGUGUCCUCCAUGUGUGAUCUUAAGAAGAAAGCCUCCUUGUUGGAAUCUUAUGCAGUCACUAGCCCAAUGUCUAAUGGUUCACAAAGUGAAAAAGAGAAUUGCGAGGAAAAAGCAACUCCCAGGUCGGAUCCAGAUACCAGCCAUGCGUGUGCUGCUAACAAAACAGAAUGUCAACGUGUGACAGAAGGUUUAAAUUCAGAGCAAAUCUAUAUUCUGCCCAGUUCUGAAAAGAAAAGUACAUAUUGUCUAAGAUCCAGGAAUAAUUCCAUUCUUCGCCGUUAUUCCUUACUAGAUGACAUGGAGGACUUCGAAAAUGGCUCCAUUAUCCAAAUGAAUUUGAAACCAAGCAAUGAGUUAACAGUUAACCAGACACCAGAGAGGCUCAGAUUAUGCCCUGCUCCAUCUUCUCCAUUCCCUGCUCUGGGCAGCAGAAUGAGCCUGAAAAAGCUGUCAUCUCGUUUAGAAAUCAAAGAUUUCCAUUUGCCUGAUGAAGAUUUUGGCCUCCUAAAGCUUGAAAAGCUGAAGUCUGUAAGUCAACUGGAACCCUUUGUCACCCUACCACCCAGUGCAACUAGUAAAACAAGACUUGAUGAUACAAUACUACCAUAUUCUACUGCCUUUCAGGCCACCAAAGAUGUGCCAAAUUCAUGUGUCCUCACCAUAACAUCCAAUGGAUGCACUUUAUACGGUGAAAAAUCACCUUCAGAGGAGCUUCCAUCCCCAGUCUCACAGAUCAGGGAAAGUCAAGAACUAGCCUCUAUCCAAAAAGGGUUGUUUUCUCUAAAACGUUCACAGAAAAGUAGACCUGCUGAUGUCAACAGCCCUGGUGAGGUCGACGUGAAACACAUUAAUAAGGAUUCAGUGCCUCAUCCAAACACACAUAAAGUAGAUAACUUACAUCCAGUGAAUACAUCUCCAUCACCUUCCAAAGAGCUGAGGACACAGACUUCCAGUGAAAUCAAACGUUCCUUAGAUCCUUGUGAGGAGGUGGGGGCUUUAGGGUCUACAGACUUCCAGAUAAAAGAGGCUGCUCUACAAUUUCCUCUUAAAGAUGUGCCUUGCAGUGUCCUCUUAUCAACCUCAAUGUGUUCUUUGCCUCUAGAAACAUUGGGUGACAGUGAGCUGGCCUCUUGCACCCCAGGCCUUCCUUUUUUGGGUUCAACCCCAGCUGUUCUUUCUGCACCAUCACAGGGCGGUGGCUGUGUCCUUACCCCAUGCAGUCCUAAAUUUGAGACACCAACAGCCACCAUGAAUGAGACCUCACUAGCACAAAGUUCUUCGGAUGAACUGAGAACUGAUGAGAGACUCAAGAAAGAAAGUGAGAUUGACAAAGAGCAACGCAUUUUAGUGGCACCCUGUUUAGGCAGGAUGUCCCAUGAUGGUGACACCACAAUAAGUGUGAAGCCCUUACUUAGGAAGAAAAGUCUGCAAGAAAUGGAGAAUUAUGUGAAAGAAUAUAAUAAGGAACUAUCUUGUGGACCCCAGCAUGAAAAUCCAUUGUGGACAUCUGACCAAAGUCACUUGCGUCUCAUCUCGCAGAUACAGGAAAGCUGUGGUGGGAAGUGCAUGGUAGACCUUUGCUCAGCACAGUGGGAGUUCCCUAGCGGACGAGAGAUGUGCGUUGUGGUUGCUAGCGAAUCUGCAAUCUCUCUCUGGAGACCACACAGUGCAGGGCAGCAGUGGGAAGCUGCUCACAGCUGGACCUUUACGGAGAUGCCUGUCAUCCAGUUGCUCCCUCUUCCAGGAGAGAAGAAUAUCAUGUGUGUGGCUUUGGGAAACCUUGAGAUUCUGGAGAUCUGGGCUCUGUUCUUCUGUCCAAGAGGUCUGAACUGGGAGCAGCAAGUGGUGAAGCUCAGACACACAGAAACAGCACAGGGCUUGUCCAGGCUUCGACUUGUCUGCAGCAGUGGCCUAGGCCCAGACCAAGAGGUGGAAAUCCUGCAGCUGUCAGAGAAAGGAAGAGUCAUAAGGUCUCAUACACUGCAGUCCCCAGAGGCGAGUAUCCUGUCCUUUUCUGAAGUGAAUGGACAAGCAGAUGCUAUAGUUGGCUCCACUGUCGAUAACAAAGUGGUUAUUUGGAAUGGUGCCACAGGGCAGCUGCUAAGCACCAUAAAUGUAGGGGAACUCUGCGGUGACUCAGCCUGUCUGAGUGCAUAUUCCAACUCAGGAUUGCUUUUCCUGGUCCUUGCCAGUCCUUAUAGCAACAGCUUAGAGGCAGCAAGGAAAUGCAUUUUGCGGCUGAUUGCAGCCAAUCCCAAGAGUGAACUUUGUGCCCAUGUUAUGUCUUACACACUGCCUGAAGGACAGGAGGGAAGGUUUUUAGAGGGUGAUAUCAUUAACCACUGUGCAGCUGCAGUACUAACCAGUGGAAGUGUUGCAUUCUGGGAUUUAUCCAGAAGUCCGUGCUCUACUAUUCUCCUUCCUGAUGCAGACAUUCAUUGGUCCUUAAUAAGAUGGGCCCACAGCAUGUCGCGUGUGCUGGCUGGACAGAAGAAUGGAACCAUCUAUGUUUAUUCAUACAAUGAAUUGGACUGAAAAGAGUUUGAGAAAAACCGAAUCAGCUGAGAUUUAGAAAGGUCCUGCCUAUAAACAGAAUGCUCGACUGGAAAUGGAGCAGGUCUAGAAAGGCACAAAAGGCUAAAAUCUGUAGCUGGAUAAAAUAGUGAACCGUUUAAAUAUGACCAUGGGUAAAUGCCAUUGGACCAGUAGGAAUUCCAUAAGGGGCAAAAUUACAGUAAAAUGUCUCCUAUCAGCAGACUAAUGGAACACAGUGGGACCCAGGAGCUGAGUCUAAUGCUCAUACAUGUACAUAUAAAUAUUAGCAUUACUUCCAACUCAGGUUACAGGAUCCUUGUAUGACUGUAUAUACCUUUAAUAUAAGGGCAUGUUUUUAUUAUACCUUGUCCUAUUCUGUAUAUUUCCUAUAGAAAAACAGUACAGUAGUGCCUAGAUAAAAUGAACCACUAAGCUGAAAGAGGCCAUUAGCUCACUACAAAACAAAACUGUGCAAUAUGGCUAAAUAGCCACUUUCUGCCUGUUCAACCAAAGACAAUAUCAUUUGUACAGGGUUGUUUAUAGAAAUUGUAUAUUUUUGUUGUGAAUAGCCGCAUUAAAGUAUCUCAAAAUG